AUGCGCCGAAGAAGUGAAUUCAUGGUUGGUGAAAAAUUCCGUGUUCGAGUGGUUCUGAGUGAAGAUUUAAAAAAUCAUUCACAGUAUGAUUUAUUCAAGAAAUGUCGUUCAUCUGAAAAUGAUGUUGUGAAAGACGUCCAAGUCAAAAAGUCAGUCAAAAGUGACUUUAUUCUUUUUAUCCGUUCGGGUGGCGAUUGUGGAUCUGAAGAAACGUUAGCUGCAGCUAACUAUUGUCAGCAGGAUUUAGACACAGAUAGACCAAUCGCCGGUUCAAUUGCACUAUGCUCAGCCAUGAAAUUUCUUGGUCAAAAUCCAGGCGAAUUGAAACGAGUUAUUAUUCAUGAACUAGGACAUACAUUCGGCUUUAAUUAUUGGUUGUUUCCUUACCUACGUCAUGAUGAUGGUAGUCCUAGAACAAGACGUAACCAACAUACUGGUGAACCGGAUUUGCCAGAAGAAGCCAACGAAGGAUUAAAAGCUGAUAG